AUGCACCUGCAACAGUUGCAACAACAACAACAGCAGCAGCAGCAACUAAACCAACUAAAUCAACAACGCCAGACACCGCAGCAGCAGCAGCAGCAACAACAGCCCGGCAGCCAACAAAAUGACCAACGCCCUGUUCAAUCGCAGCAGCAGCAACAACAAGGGUUUCAACAGCAACAGCAGCGGCCUCCUCUGGCGGAGCAUUCCGCAACUUCUCAACUACUGCAUCAGGCCCCAGUCACGCAUCGGCUGACUCCACAACAACAGCAUCAGCCAUCUCCGCAACAACUACUUCAACAACAACAAAGAAGAGCACAGCUGACCACUCCUCAUUUACAAAGCCAGCCGACACCACAGAACCAGCUGCAGAUAAACUCGGUAUCGAAUGCAUCUCAGUUUUCCAACGCUCUCGACUCCCCAGCCGUGGGCGGUAGCGGUAGUGGGAAUGCCUCUAGCAACGGUACGCCCAUGUCUCAAAAUGCCAACUUCAUCCCAGGAGCCUCUGUCAAUGUCAAUGUCAAUGCUAGAUUCCAGUCCAACCCCAUGUUAAGCCAAGGGGUGCCGCAGAAUGGAAACCCCAAUUUUCCCGUCCAAAACAAUGGCGUCAACAACGGCUGGUCAAUGAGCCAACCUCCACUUGCUCCUAGUGGGCCAGAGUCUGCAUUCACAAAUCAGCAGUUUCAACUUCUCAAAUCUCAACUACAGGCACUCAAAUUGUUGGUGAAAACGCCCAACCAAGGACCGCUUCCACAAAAUCUAGUGGAUUUCAUUACCAACCCGUCAUCAGCUCACCCUAAUGAUCAAUAUUUGCCAGCUAUACAAGGAAGUGGACCAAACAAUGGCCAGAUGUCGCCAAAUUUCUUUCCUCCAAACUCUCAGAUGGGACAGCCAAAUGGCGCGGCAUUUAACGGCACUAAAGGCCCACAUAAUCUAGCUCUUUCUGAAAAGAAGAAGGGUAAAAGAGGACCUAAACCAAAGAACAAGGACCAGCCAAAGAAAUUGACAAAGAAGCAGAUUAGAGAAGAAGAACAGCGCCUGGCUAUGGAAAAGCAGAGACGCGACUUUGAGCAACAGAAUAGAAUGAACCAAGAGCAAAACCAACAAUUCAUGCAACAACAGCAACAACAGCCGCCGCCACAACAGCAUUCUUUUCCUCCACAACCAUCGCAGCAGAAUCAACAACAGUCGCAACAGUACCCAUACCCUCCUCUCCCACAUCAAGGACUUGCUAAUCUGCAAGCUUCACCAAAUAUGCCGUCAGGUACUCAUCCUAACCACCCUCCUCCUCAUCCUCAUCCUGCUGCUGCUGCUGCACCUCCUUCACAAUCGCAUCCUCAUCCAGGUCAUCCAGGUCAUCCAGGUCAUCCAGUUCAACCAGUUCAACCAGUUCAACCACCACAACCACCACCGCCACCGCCUCCUCCUCCACCUCAGCCGGAGAACCAGAUCAUACUAGCCGAUCCUAGUCCCCCCGAGUUGCUCAGCAAGGUGAUAUCCGAGAGCUCAGUAAAGAACAAAAUGGUGAUCCCGGUAACAAAACCAAACAUCGAGGUGGACACUUUUGAAAUAUACAACAUUGUCGGAGAGCACACAAAGGAUGUGCCCUUGAGCACACUUUACACUCCACAAAGCAGAUUCCAAAUACCCUCGUUGAUGCCCGAGGCAAUGAGCAUGGAAGAAUUAUCAGCCAACUAUGAGGUUCUCGUUAUUUUAAGGAUGGAGCAAGAGAAGGAGUACAUUAAAAGAAAGCUAUUGCAACUUUCUGAAAAUGAGGACGACAACGACAAUGACGAGAACGUCGAAAAUGAGAACUACAACAACAACCACGCUGACGAGCGUUCUAGAUUGGAGACGAGACUCAACAUGUUGGAAAUACUUCCUUUGCAAAAAGAAGCUCGAGGCAAAGUGCUUGUUCAAACAUGGUUCAACAAGUCCCUCUUACCCAAUUCCCAUCCAAAUUUCCUAGCGAGAUUCAACGCACUUUCAAUGGACAGUGUUGCCAUUACAAUUGACUUGUAUCAGAACCAAUUGGAGUCAUUUGUCAAGGAAAAGAACAAGAAGCACUCCACAAUUGUCAAAAGGAUCUUGAAAUUCAGUGUCGACACCGGCAUGAAGGAGUCCAAAAAGGCAGACAAGGUGCUCAGAUUCAUCAACAAAGUCAACAACUUUCACAAUCAGACUGCGAAAGAAGAGCAAAAGAAAUUCGACAAGAUGGCUAAGCAGCGUUUGCAAGCUUUGAGGCUGAAUGACGAAGAAGGGUAUUUGAAGCUUUUGGAUCAAACCAAGGAUUCCAGAAUCACACACUUGUUGAAGCAAACCGAUCAAUUCUUGGACUGCUUAUCGCAAGCAGUGCAAUCGCAACAAAAGGAAUCCAAACACAAUUUUGUAGAUGCAGGUCGUACUCAAGAAGAACAAGAAGGUGAUAUUGAACAACAGCAACAGGUAGAAGAGGAAGAAGCAAUGGGAGGAGAUACCGAGAUGGACGAGGCCGAAAAACGAGAAAAAAUCGAUUACUACAAUGUAGCCCACAGAAUCAAAGAAGAAGUGACGAAACAGCCAUCAAUCUUGGUUGGUGGUACCCUUAAGGAGUAUCAAUUGAAAGGUUUGCAAUGGAUGGUGUCGUUGUUUAAUAACCACUUGAACGGAAUCUUGGCAGAUGAGAUGGGUCUAGGCAAGACAAUCCAAACAAUUUCGUUGUUGACUUAUUUGAUCGAGGUCAAGAAAAUCUCGGGCCCAUACUUGGUCAUUGUUCCGCUUUCCACUGUUACCAACUGGAAUUUGGAGUUUGAAAAAUGGGCGCCUGCUGUUAAAAAGAUUACUUACAAGGGUACUCCAAACCAAAGAAAGUUAUUGCAACAUGAGAUUAGAAUGGGCAAUUUCCAGAUUCUUUUAACCACUUUUGAGUACAUCAUCAAGGACAAGGCUUUGUUGGGCAGAAUCAAGUGGGUGCAUAUGAUUAUAGACGAGGGUCACCGUAUGAAGAAUGCAAACUCCAAAUUAUCAGAGACAUUGACCCAAAACUAUUACACCGACUACCGUUUGAUCUUGACAGGGACUCCAUUGCAAAACAAUUUACCCGAAUUGUGGGCACUUUUGAAUUUUGUUUUGCCCAAGAUUUUCAAUUCGGUCAAGUCUUUUGAAGAAUGGUUCAACAAACCUUUUGCCAACACCGGUGGCCAGGACAAGAUUGAAUUGACUGAAGAGGAAACCUUGUUGGUUAUUAGAAGAUUGCACAAGGUGCUUAGACCGUUUUUGUUGCGGAGAUUGAAAAAAGAUGUCGAAAAGGAUUUGCCAAGCAAGGUUGAAAAAGUGGUAAAGUGUAAGAUGUCAGCAGUGCAGCACAAAUUGUACCAACAAAUGUUGAGGUACAAUGCGUUGUAUGCCGGUGAUCCAAACGAUCCAGAUACGGUUGUGCCGAUAAAGAAUGCCAACAAUCAAAUCAUGCAGUUGAAGAAAAUUUGUAAUCACCCGUUUGUCUAUGAAGAUGUCGAAAACUUUAUCAAUCCUACUUCGGAGAAUGGCGAUAUAAUUUGGAGGGUUGCGGGCAAGUUUGAAUUGUUGGAUAAAGUGUUGCCCAAGUUCAAGGAAACAGGCCAUAAAGUUUUGAUUUUUUUCCAAAUGACCCAGGUUAUGGACAUCAUGGAGGAUUUCUUGAGAUUCCGGAACUUGAAGUACAUGAGAUUGGAUGGCGGCACCAAAGCCGACGACAGAACGGACUUGUUGAAGCUUUUCAACGCCGCCGAGUCGGACUACUUUUGUUUCCUUUUGUCGACAAGAGCUGGUGGGUUGGGUUUGAACUUGCAAACUGCUGAUACUGUCAUCAUUUUUGAUACCGAUUGGAACCCGCAUCAGGACUUACAGGCACAGGACAGAGCACAUCGUAUUGGUCAGAAAAACGAGGUGAGAAUCCUUCGAUUGAUCACGGAGGAUUCGGUAGAGGAGAUGAUUUUGGGCAGAGCUCAAGUGAAGUUGGAGAUUGAUGGAAAAGUCAUUCAGGCAGGUAAGUUUGAUAACAAGUCUACUGCCGAGGAACAAGAAGCCAUGUUGCGGGCAUUGAUUGAAAAAGAAGACGAGCGUAGACAGAGAGGUGUUGAGCCCGUGGAUGAAGAUUUGGACGAUGACGAGUUGAACCAAAUCAUUGCCAGGAAUGAGAAUGAGUUGGAGGUGUUUAAGCGCCUCGACGAGGAGAGGUACUUGACCACCAAGAAUGCCAUUUAUCCGUCUAGAUUGUUCUCUGAGCAAGAAUUGCCAGGAGUUUACAAGAAAGACCCCGAAGAAGUUCUCAAGAAAGUCGAUGUUGCUUCAGAAGACUAUGGUCGUGGUGCAAGAGAAAGAAAGGCUACCAAAUACGACGACAAUUUGACCGAAGAGCAAUGGCUCGAGCAAAUUGAUGGAAUGGUUUCGGAUGACGGCCAAAGCGAUGAGAGUGACGACAGCGAGUCUGAAAGUGAGACCGAAAGCUCAAAUGUCGGAAAUGGACGAGGACGUGGCAGAGGCGGCGGCGGCAGAGGAGGAGGAGUUGUUGGUGGAAGUGGUGGCGGUGGCAGAGGAAGUGGUAGAGGUCGGCCAUCGAGAGUCAAAGUAGAGGCCGACGAAGAAAGCUCGACUGAAAACGACGCCAAGAGAUCUGCAGACGAGUCUGACGAUACGCCUGCUCAAAAGAAACAAAAAGUGGAAACGCCCAAACCAGUUGCAGUACUGGGUAGAGGAAGGGGCCGCGGCAGGGGUAGAGGCCGAGGUAGAGGUAGAGGUCGCGGCUCAACGUUGAUCAGGUCCACGCUCGCUAUUGACCCCUUGUCCCCCGACGAACGGGCAAGGUUACAAAACAACAUUGAGAGCAUUUUGGGAUUAGUCAUCAAUCACCGAAACGAGCACGAUAGACGCUUGAGCGACUUGUUCUUGGUGAAACCUUCCAAGAAAUUUUACCCCGACUAUUACGUGCUUAUUAAGCAUCCAAUUGCAUUAGACAUUAUAAAAAAGAGAGCCUCCGGCAACACUUAUACACUCAUGAGAGAGUUUAUGGAGGACUUGCAUCUCAUGUUCAGCAACGCCAAGAUCUACAACGAGGAAGGUUCAAUAGUGUAUCAGGACGCCGCGGCAUUGGAGAAGAUUGCCAUAAGAAAAAUGAGAGACUUGAUGGGCGAUUUGCUGGAGAUUGAAGUGGAGAAACUAUUGAACUUUGCUGACUUUGACGAGAUGUUUGGACUCAACCAUAUUGUACCAUCUACGGCAAUUAAAAAGCCAAUAGAGACCAAAUUAGAAAAGCUUGAUAAAGGCGAGACAGUGGACAGUCCAUUAGUAGGUGCAUCAACCACUGCGGGAACUGAAGAAUCCACACCUGCGAAUUUGGAAUGA